GACGGCCCCUUGCCUGACAACACCUUGCUAAUUGGCUGUGUCGGGUGGUGGUGGGUUUAACGACACGGUUAUAUUUACCCCAUCUAACCCCAUCCUAAACCUCUAUUGUGCAGUGCAUUGCUCUUUACUGUAUUCCCUACUUUUGAAACCGUUCGACUUACGAACGAAUCGCGUUGGUAACUCGAGGAGUCGCCCCCGUGUUACGCGAAUUUGUAUUGCGCGAUGACGUCACCAAAUUUAAAUCGCCGUCGCCGCGAGGGGCGUGCGCACAUGACGUCGCCAGAGUUACGCCUACGAACACAGCUGUUUAGUUUUUUUACGUCAUCGCGUUGACGUGACGUACGUGAGGAGGGGGUGUGGUUUACGUCGCCCAGCAGCUGUCCGCCCGCCCGGCUAUAAAAGGGGGAGCGCCAUCAGCACUCGUGUUGGCGUCUUCCCCGGGGCGUCCGCGUCGCUUGCGUUGGUGGUGAACCCCAGGAUGGCGACGCCGCUGUCUCGCUGAGCUUCCGUCUUUCUGCCCCCCUCCCUGCCGCCGCCGCCCUCGCCUCGGUCUCCCCUCGUCCCGCGCUGCUGCCGCCGCCGCCGAGGCCGCGGGGACUCCGCCGCUUCCGAGCGUUCCUCGGACGGCCAAGAGGAGCAAGGAGCGAAGCGCUUGAGGAGGGAGAGGAGGAAGGGAAGCGCACGAGGCCACGAUGCGGCGGACGUUGGCCCUGCUGGCGUGCGCCGUGUGGCUGGUGGCGGGCGGCGCGCGUGGCCAGCAGAGGGACGUGUACACGCACACGUGGGCCGUGCUCGUGCCGGGUGGCGCGGCCGCGGCCGACGACGUGGCGGGGAGGCACGGCUUCACCAACCUGGGGCAGAUAUUUGGGGAUUACUAUCAUUUCCGGCAUCGGGCGGUCGCAAAGCGAUCCCUGUCGAGACAUCACAACCGGAAUCUGAAGCUGCAAAAGGAACCCAAGGUGCAAUGGGCCGAGCAGCAGGUGGUGAAGGCCCGGAGAAAACGGGAGCUGUUCCAGGAGCCCACCGAUCCCAAGUACUUGCUGCAGUGGUAUCUGCACAACAGCGUGCACCACGACCUGAACGUCCUCGCCGCGUGGAGCCAGGGCGUCUCGGGCCGCGGUGUCGUCGUAUCCAUCCUCGACGACGGCAUCGAGAAGAACCACCCCGACCUGGUGUCCAACUAUGAUCCCAUGGCGAGCUAUGACGUGAACAGCAACGACCCCGACCCCCAGCCGCGCUACACGGAAAUGAACGACAACAGGCACGGCACGCGCUGCGCCGGAGAGGUUGCGGCCGCGGCAAACAACGACGUUUGCGGCGUCGGCAUCGCCUACAACGCUCGCAUCGGCGGCGUCCGCAUGCUGGACGGGGACGUGACGGACGCGGUGGAGGCCCGCUCGCUGAGCCUCAACCCCCAGCACAUUGCAGUCUACAGCGCCAGCUGGGGGCCCGAGGAUGACGGCAAGACGGUGGACGGCCCUGCGCGGCUCGCACAGGAGGCCUUCGUGCGGGGCAUCACCAAGGGCCGCGGCGGACUGGGCUCCAUUUUCGUGUGGGCCUCGGGCAACGGCGGUCGCGAGAAGGACAGCUGCAACUGCGACGGCUACACCAACUCGAUCUACACGCUGUCCAUCAGCAGCACGACGGAGAAGGGCAACGUGCCGUGGUACAGCGAGGCGUGCUCCUCCACGCUCGCCACCACCUACAGUAGCGGCGCCAUCGGCGAGAAGCAGAUUGUGACCACGGACCUGCGGCUCAAGUGCACGGAGAGCCACACGGGCACGUCGGCCUCGGCCCCGCUGGCCGCUGGCAUCAUCGCGCUUGCGCUCGAGGCCAACCCCCGUCUCACCUGGAGGGACAUGCAGCACCUGGUGGUUCGCACGUCCAACCCCUCGCACCUUCACGCCUCCGACUGGGUGACCAAUGGUGUCGGUCGCAAAGUGAGCCACUCGUACGGCUACGGUCUCCUCGACGCCGGCGCCAUCGUGACGCUCGCUCGCAACUGGACGACCGUUCCCCCGCAGCGGGCUUGCACGCUGGAGAUGAGCACUGAGACCCGCCCCAUAGGACAGAAGCUGCUGGUGAGUGGGCGAGUGAGCUCCUGCCUGGGCACCGGCGACUACGUCACCACGCUGGAGCACGUGCAGGCACGCCUCACGCUGGCGUUCAGCCACCGCGGGGAGUUGGCGAUCCGUCUCACCAGCCCAAUGGGCACCCGCUGCACGCUGCUGGCACCCCGGCCUCACGACUUCUCGACGGAGGGCUUCAACGACUGGGCAUUCAUGAGCACCCACUCGUGGGGCGAGGACCCGACGGGGGUGUGGACCCUGGAGCUGGAGAAUAUCGGCAGCGUCCGCAACACCGGCACGCUGAAGCGGUUCACGCUGGUGCUAUACGGUACCGCUCACCGCAAGCGCAGCCUGCAGGGCGUCCCCACGGUGGCGUCGAGCGUCGCUUGCCGAGCACGCGACCCUGCGGGGCUCUGUGUGGAGUGUAGGCCGCCCUUCCUGCUGCUGGGCCACGGCUGCGUGCAGCGCUGUCCCAACGGCACCUUCGCCAGGGAGCAGGAGCAGCAGCCUGGGGGGGCGAGGAGGAGGAGGCGGUGGGUGCGGGAGCGGCAGUGGGGGCCGGAGGAUUUGGAUGAGCGGGAAGAGCAUCGGGAGGAGCAUCGGGUGACGGAGCAGCAGUGGAAGCGAGAUGACUGGCAGCAGCAUUUUCCACCGAGCCGCGGCGGACCGUCGUCGUUGUCGUCGUUGUCGUCGUCAUCACCUCCACCGCCGCGGUUGGCAGCGGCUGGAGCGUCGUCUUCUUCAUCGCCGUCGCUGUGCGAGGAGUGCGACGCAUCGUGCGUGUCGUGCUGGGGGCCCGGCCCGGCCGCGUGCCUCUCGUGCGCUCCCCACUCGCGCCUCGUCGCGUCGCGCUGCCUCCCGCAGCCGCAGGUCGGCCGUGCGUCCCCUCCGCUCUCCCUCUCGUCGUCCGGCGACGGCGACGGCGGCGGCGGCGGCGGCGGCGCGUCUCCCGAGACGACGACGCCGCCGCUGGUGGACUUGCGGCGCGCCGCCGCGGUCGCCUGCGUCGCCGCCGUCGCCCUCUUCGCCGCCCUCUUCGCCGUCCUGCAGCUGCGCUCCGGCGAGUGCGGCGCCGGCGCCCGUGCCCUGAGGACCGUGUGGUUCACCUCGGCCGGAGGCGGCGGAGGCGGUGGAGGCGGUGGAGGCGGCGGCGGAGAAGGCGGCGGCGGCGGCGGCGGCGGUUACUGCUGCUGCGGGGACAUCGGCGAGAGCGGAGGAGGAGGGGGAAUGGCCGUGUCGUACGAGGAGCUGAGCGCCAAGGCGCCCGACGAGGGCUUCAUGGACGAGGACAGUGACGCGGAGCUGCACAGCGAGACGCGGGCGUUCAUCCAGGGCUGACGACGCCGCCAUCGCCUUUCGUCCUGGUUAUUGUUCCCGGGGUUCGCCCUCUCCGUGCGUGCGUCUCUGUCGUUGUGGCUGUGGCCGACCUUGCUCCUGGGGAAGCUGCGUCCUUCGCCGAGGACGUUCCUCUUCUCCGUUUGAGUCAUUGUUUCGCCGCCGCUGCUGCUGCUGCUGAUAAACGCCCGAGGACGCGAAACGUCUCGCGUCGCGAUAUUUGUCAGCCGUGAAAAUGACACGAGGUCCGCCGCUCGAAAGGCGACGAUGCGUUCACGUUUUAUCUCUUCCCCCCCCCCCUCCACUUGCGGUAUUGUUGCGAGGCUAUUUAUCUACCCACGCCACCCCGAGGUGGCGACCCGACCUGACGGUAACCCGUGGAAGAUGGCGGCCGUUGUGUUUAUUGGCCGUGCGUAAAAUACAUCUCUAGCACAUCUCGAGCGCCGUUUUAAAUCUCGUGGGCAGUUUUUUUUUAGUUGGCCGUUGUUGUUGCAGUGCAGCUGUUUAGAGUUUGUGUGUGUGUGUGUUUUAGUGUGAGUUUUGUCUUGUCGGGGUGGUUGUUCGUCUUUGUUUUAGGUUUUUUUGUUUGUGACCUCACCAAAUUUAGAUUUCCGUUGCGUGUGCACGUUUUUGAUUCCGCGUUUGGAGUUUUUCGUUUUUGGGCGGAGAUUCUUUUUUUUUUUAACAAGUCAUUUUGUCGUUGUUGCUCGUCGGAAAUGGGCGUUUUACGUGCAGCUGUUUCGUUUUAGGCGGUGGGACAAAGCGCAGCCGUGCGACCGUCUAUUUUUUUUUGUCGUUCGUAACUUCCGUCUUGUUCCAGUCAUGUGCUCGCUCGCUCUCUCUCUCUCUCCCCCGUGCGUUUUUUUUUUGCAUCCUCUGCCGCGUGCCGUUCGGGACGGUGUCUCGAAAUAACGUCGUUCCGUCACGUGAGCGGCACGGCACGAGAUAGCGGCACAGCACGAGAUAGCGGCACAGCACGAGAUAGCGGCACGCGGGCGAGGGCCGUUAUUUUUCCUCCUUCCCGGUUGCUUUCUUCUUCAUGAUGCAGCUGUGCUCGGAGUGCAAAUUCCUUGGUUGUCCUUAAGACAAUGUCCGGUCUUUGUGUUUCUGCAGCUAUCUUUUAGUUUUUCGUUCGUUGUUAAUUCGAUUUACACUUUUUUUUUUGUUAAGUUUUGGCAGCAUCAAAAUGUUUUGUUAAUUUUUGUGUCCCGUGGCCCAUUUUGUGCGAACUUUAUAGUUGGGCUCCCCAAUGUUUGGAAAAUGGGUGUUUUGUGUGUGUGUACGUGUGGCCAUCUCCAAGGCCCGUCGAAACCACACUACGCGUCCGUUGUGUUUGCCGCUGACAAAUAUUUUCACGGAGGCCAAGAAAAUUGCAAGGUUUUUUUAUUUUUUUGGACCGUCCGCACGUGGUUCGCUAGAAACCUCUUUAAACACACCCUGGGUUUACAAAUGGCUAUAUCCGUAAUUAUUAACACUGUUUAGCUCAUCAUCACCGGCUAAUGGUUAGCCGCCAGCCCGCCGCACCUGUGGAUGUUGAGGUUUAUCGUGUGCGUAUAUGCUUGCAUCGCUGCGUGCGCGCGUAUACACACGCGGUACAUUUCCGCUGUAGUAUAUGAUGGAAUGGUAUAUGCACAUGUCUUUAUUUUGACUCUGCUGUAUAGAACCUGUAGAGUGGUGUGUGUGUGUGUGCGCGCGUGUGCCAGUGUCCACUGUGUGUGUGUGUGUCGGGAGCAGUAGUGCAGCGGUUAGUGCCGCUACGAACCCGGUGACCAAAGGUUCGAGUCCCGAUCGCGGCCACCACCAGGCGAUGGAUAAUCUGAACCGUUCCUGGGCCUCCCCUAGGUCGACUCGGACUCAAAUGAGUACCUGGUGCGGUGUGUACACAUCGCCGCCGAGGAGACAAAGGCGGCCAGGAGUGGUGCUGGCCACUCACCCCCUCGUGUGCUGUGUCGGCCUUCACAGGUGCUGCUCGCUAACAGCACUUGCCCGAAUAGUCAUUUGAAGGCUAUACGGGGGGGGGAUCUUUGUCUCUAUUUGUAUAUAUUUGGUCUUGUAUAUGUUUUGUAUACGUGUAACAUCAUGUUCACGUGCAGAUAUUUUAAAUACAUGUGCCUAUAAUAUUGCUGAAACGGUGUAUAUUUAUACUGUAUAGUAUUUUCUGUAUGCUAUAUAUUGUGAAUGUACCUAUAUGUGUGUGUCUACUCAUCUACACUAUGCAUUAAGUGCGCGCGCGUGCGUAUGUGUGCACUACUUCUGUAAUACACAGCCUGUGUCGUGUAAUACCUACCUGUACGGUAUGUGCUGUUGCAUCGGCACUGUGUGAGGAGCGGUGGCACAGUGGGUUAGCACACUGCGGAGCCAGGCAGGCACCAUCCCAUGUUCGAUUCCUGGCCACGACUCAGCGGUGGUGUCUGAACCACCCCCACCUUGGGCCGUGCAAGGUAGGCUCAGCCUCAAAAUGAGGUGCCUGGUUUGCGUGGUGUGAAACAAAUCUCCAACACUGGAGAGACAUAGGUGGCAGAGAGUAGCGUCAGCUGCAAAACUCCCUUUCUGUUGCGCUGUGAUGGGUCGCCUUAAUGGGUGCUUGCAAACAGCAACACUUUGCCCUGGCAAGCUGUGUGCAAGCUUUACGCUUCCGUUGUGUACAUCUGUGUAGUGCCAUUUUAAAAAAAAUGUGCGUGUGAAAGUACUGUAUACAUACAUAUCCAGCAAAUGACGGCAUAGUCUUAAGUGUCUGUAUAUAAAACGGG